CAGGCCCCGCUAAUCUAGCCAUUGGGAUUCCCUUCGCAGCUAGCUCCUACCUUACCCACCUCAUCGGUUCGGUCGUCGGUCGCGCUACAUAUGCUGCGACUGGCCACCAUCGCCACCACUCUCACAAGGAAAUUAAUGGCGCCUGUGAAGGUGUUCGGUCCGGCCGCAUCGACUAACGUGGCCCGGGUGCUGGUGUGCCUGGAGGAGGUAGGCGCCGACUACGAGCUCGUCGACAUCGACUUCCCUGGGAAGGGCCAUAAGCGCCCUGACCACCUCGCCAGAAACCCAUUCGGGCAGGUCCCAGCUUUCCAAGAUGGGGAUGUCAUCCUCUUCGAGUCACGCGCCAUUGCCAAGUACGUGCUUCGCAAAUACAAGUCCGAACAACUGGACUUGCUGAGGGAGGGUAAUUUGGAAGAAGCUGCCAUGGUAGACGUUUGGACAGAGGUCGAAACACACCAAUACCACCCGGCUCUCUCGCCAAUCGUGCUCGAGUGUUUCAUAUACCCCACCUUGCGCGGUCUUCCCACGAACCAAAAGGUUGUUGACGAGAGCUUGGAGAAGGCAAAGAAGGUCCUUGAGAUCUACGAAACUCACCUGUCCAAACACAAAUAUCUGGCCGGGGAUUUCGUCAGCUUUGCAGACUUCAACCAUUUUGCCUGUACUUUCUACUUCAUGGAUGCUACGCCUUAUUCAAAUCUGUUCGACUCGUACCCUUACGUGAAGGCAUGGUGGGAGAAUUUGAUGUCCAGGCCGUCGAUGAAGAAACUAGGCGCAAAUAUGAGCACGAGGAAUUAGCUACAAGAAAUUCCUUUGAGCAUGCUGUUUGAUGCGAUUUUUAUCUUCUCUGCUUUGUUGCAACCUCACUACUUAAAUGUUACUCCCCCGGUUUCCAAAUAACUAUAUAUUUGGGUUUGAGUUUGAGGUUGUGCUAAGUCAAACUUUGUCAAAGUAACUUGUGUUGGUUGUUUUUCGCAGCGUCGAUUGCUCUUAUCUUUGUA